UAUUUUUGUUUAUUUGUUUGUUUGAUAUCUAUAACCACCAACUAAAUGUGCAAGUGCAAUGGCAUUUAGAUAAUUAUAUUAAUGAAAACUUUAAGUUAUGUUACGUUAUGUUUCAAACAUCGCAUUCGCCACAACUACGGGAGCUGUCGUCCACUGAUCUCAAGUUUCUUGAAGAAGGCUUAGACGGUAAGCCAGGGAACUGUAGUAGCACUGGAUUCUGUGAUUUGGACAACAUUUUGGACGACUUUCAGGCCGACCAUCAUAUACUGUUAGCCAAUCCCGACCAACUAUUAUUAAACUUUGACGGGUGCGAACCGGGAGCGCCGCCUCCCAAUGGCACGGGUCAUCAACAUCAUAACCAUCACCAUCAACACACAAAUAGUAGAUCACCGCAUAUUGGCGGCGGCGGAAAUCAUAGUCCGACAACAACACAACAACACUCGGUGACCACCAAUGGCCAAGUGGUGGCCAUCAAAUACGAACAAACCGGUGCUGGCGGUGGUGGUGGUGGUGGACAACAGGGCGUUGGUGGCGGCCAACCGACUACAACACUGUUGCAGAAUAUAUUGCAACAAAACCGAUCGGCGGCCGUAGCGGCCAACGGCGGCAACAUAUACUCUAUUCAGCGACAACAACAACAACAAUCGCAGUCAUCGCAGCAGCCGAUGGCCACUACAACGUCGUCGACGACAACGACGUCACCGUUGCCGCCAUCGCCGGCCGAUUCGGGUGUAUCGGAUGUCGACUCCCAUUACAGCUCUAACGAUGAGCAACAACAACACAACCAGCAGAUGAACCAUUCGUACGGCGGGUACUUCUAUGGCGGUCAACGGCAAACAUACGCCUCAUCGACUGGACCGGUAGCACCACAGGCAACACCGGCACCGUUGUCGGUAGUGGUGGCCAGUGGUGACCAUCACCACCACCACCACCAACAACAACAACAACAUCAUCACCAUCCGACCUCACAUUACCAUCCAUCAGCACACACCCACUCCUCCUCCUCCUCCUCCUCCACCCAUAAUCGUCACCUAUACUCACUUGAAUCUCCAACCACUACCACCAACAACAACAACACAACAACAACUAAUAAUAAUAACAAUUCACUGCCAAACAGCACAACACAACAACAACAACAACAGUCUCAACCACAACAACAACAACAUCUGCACACAUCGCACCCGCACUUGUCGGCCACACUGACCAAUGCGUUCAAUGGCGGCGUCGGCGGCGGCGGACAACAACAACAACAGUCCAAUGUUGUCGGCGGCAGCGGUCAAGUAGUAUCGUCACCGGUGGUGGCACCGGGAGGUGGUGGAGGAGGAGGGCCGACACCGGCCAACCGAAUCAAAUUAGAGCCGACUAUGGGAGGCGCGCACACAACAAACAACUACUAUAACAAUCACUAUUCAACGUCCGAUCACAAAGAUGUGCCAGUGGUUAGCGCCAGUGGUAUGGGUGUCGGUUUAGUCGAAGAUCUAUCCUAUCAUCACCAUAACCAACACCAACACCACAACCACCACCAUCAGCAGCAGCAGCAGCAUACGGGCAACAUAAGCACCGGUAGUACUACUACUACCACUACUACUAACACUGGUAAUGGUAUGCCCACAACAAACGGUGGCAUAAUUAAGAGGAAAAAGGGUCGGAAACCGAAAAAUUUGGAAAAUAUAAACGGAAAUAGCAAUCAUUGUCCGUCGGCUACAAAACGAAAGAGUAGAGAAGGUUCGACGACAUAUUUGUGGGAAUUUUUAUUGAAACUAUUACAGGAUAAGGAGUACUGUCCAAGAUUUAUCAAAUGGACUAAUAGGGAAAAGGGUAUAUUCAAAUUGGUUGACUCAAAAGCUGUCUCUCGUUUAUGGGGUUUACAUAAAAACAAACCCGACAUGAAUUACGAAACUAUGGGUAGAGCACUCAGGUACUAUUAUCAAAGGGGUAUACUGGCAAAAGUCGAUGGCCAGCGACUGGUCUAUCAGUUUGUCGACGUUCCCAAAGAUAUUGUUGAAAUUAAUGUCGAUUCACAAAAUUGUUAUAAUAUUAAUAAACAACAAACAGAUAUCUAUUGAUUUGAUUGAAAAAAUCAAAACAAAAAAAAAUUUUAAUUUUUUCGAAAAAAUACAAACAAAAUUAAUUUCAACAAAUUUAAACUGUAAUACACUGACACACACACACACACACACAC